GGAGCAGAGAAAUCGCCCUCCUUUUUUUAUCUUUCAUCUCACUCAAAGAAUUGCACUUCUGCUCGAAGUUGGGAAUUAUGAUUUCAGAGCCAGAAGAAGCCUUUGAUUCAAGGAGCUCGAUCGAAGCAAGCAUCUUCUCCGCUCUAGGGUUUUGAUUUCUCUAUCUGUUUGCCUAUCCUCCUUUUUGGAUUCUGAUUUUCUCAUGGAAGCUCUUUCAAGCUCUGUUUUCGCCUCCAAGUUCUCAGAGACGCUUCCUCCAGUUCUUCGCGCGCCCCUUUCUUCUAUCAGAACUCAAAAUAGGCGUAAUGGUUCGCUUAAAAUGAGCGAAACUUUUCCGCCUCGUGGAUCCCGUGCCAUCGCACUUGCUCGGGAAAUCUCGGAUGAAGGCGAAGAGGACACAGGGCUCGAGAAUAAUCGGUUAAGUUUAGUUUCUGAAGAGAGUUUGUCUUUGUCUCAGGGCAAGUCAGAUUACCAUCAAGAAAGUGAGAAGGUUGCAUAUGAGAGACCGACACCAUUUAUCAUCUCAUAUGGAAAUGGAACAGGGGGAGGCACAAGGGCUGGGCUUUUCAGAACUCCCAUAUCUGGUGGGGUGCAGAGUGCAACCACAGCCCAUGGUUUACCUCGACCUGCCUUGGCAGUGCGCAAUCUGAUGGAGCAGGCUAGGUUUGCUCACUUGUGUACGGUGAUGUCCCAAAUGCACCACCGAAGAGAAGGAUACCCAUUUGGUUCAUUGGUAGAUUUUGCCCCAGAUUCAAUGGGACAUCCAAUAUUUUCGUUUUCCCCAUUGGCUAUUCACACUCGAAACUUGCUAGCUGAUCCAAGAUGCACACUUGUUGUGCAGAUACCUGGAUGGAGUGGCUUAUCAAAUGCGAGGGUAACCAUAUUUGGAGAUGUAUUCCCCCUUCCGGAACACCAGCAGGAAUGGGUUCAUAAGCAGUACAUAGCCAAACAUCAACAAGGGCCUUCUCAACAAUGGGGGAACUUCUACUACUUCAGGAUGCAAAACAUAAGUGAUAUAUAUUUCAUUGGAGGUUUUGGAACUGUUGCUUGGGUUGAUGUCAAGGAAUAUGAGGCUCUUCAACCUGAUAAGAUUGCAGUGGAUGGGGGCGAGCAGAAUCUGAAGGAGCUUAAUGCUAUCUUUUCAAAGCCCCUAAAAGAGCUCCUAUGUACCAAAAUGGAAGUUGACGAUGCUGCUCUUAUAUCAAUAGACAGCAAAGGAACUGAUAUUCGAGUUCGACAAGGGGUGCAAUUCAACGUGCAGAGGUUAUCAUUUGACGAGGGUCAUGCAGUAGAAACUCUGGAGGAAGCAAAGGCGGCACUGUGGAAAGUAAUAGACAAAGGUCGGGUUUACAGUUUGCAGAAAUAGGGACUGGGUUCAGUCAAAAGCCUUCCGGUUUCUUAAUUUUUAGAGGUGACAAGGCUAGGCGAUAGAUAUACUGCAAGGAGAGAGUCUGUGCCCUCUUUGGCUUGGUAAACGAGCAUAUUAUGAGCUAGUAACUUAGCAUGGCUAUAAGAACAUGAUUUGUGAGACAUCUGUAUGUAGCCAUGGAAUUGUAUAACGAGGAGGGGCUGCUUUUGGCCUU